AUGGAGACCAUUCCGGUUAGAUCAGUUCGGCUCAACCGUCCAUUCAGAUUCCAAGAGUUCUGGCUCUCAGAUAUGUCUUUCCUUAAUGUUGUUUCUAGUGCUUGGGGUGGUAACCGGAAUUUAGCUGAGUCUAUUGAGGUUUUCUCUAAAGAAGCUACCUGUUGGAAUAGGAAUCAUUUUGGGAAUAUCCACCAAAAGAAGAGAAGAAUUAUGGCGAGAAUCUAUGGUGUCCAAAAAGCUAUCUCCAAUUGGCUGAGCUCCUCUCUCAUUAAUCUCGAGGAUAAGUUGCAUCAGGAGCUUGAGGUGGUUCUAGAUCAAGAAAGGGACCUCUGGAUGCUUAAGUCCAGAAUUAAUUGGAUGAUUCAAGGGGACUGCAAUACCUCUUUUUAUCAUGUUUCUGCCCUUGCUAGAAGGAAAAGGAAUCACAUUGCCUCGGUUAAAGAUGAGAGGGGUGUGUGGUUAACGAUGGAGAGAGAAGUAAUGGAGCAUUUUAGAAAUGGUUUUAUCUCCCUCUAUACCACUUCUUUAGAGGAGGCCUCUUGGGUGCCAAGGCAGAAUGUGCGUGGCCAUGUGCAUCUGUCCGAGGAAAUCAAGGACAUGAUUGGUGGUAUGGUUACCUCGGAGGAAAUCAGAGAUGCUUUAUGGUCUAUGAAACCUUAUAAGGCGCCAGGCUAG